AUGCUGGCUGUGCCGUUCGCGGCACCUGUCUGGCUGACGCUUCUCACAUCAUUCCUGGUGUUCUCUCACGCGCGGGAUCUCUCCAACCGCCGCCUUCCCUCGAACAGGAAUUAUAGAAACGUCGUGGUGACUGCCUUGAAUUUCUCCUCCGUUCCCUCCUCGUCUUCCCGCGAACACGCCGGAUUCGACGGCGCGCGCGGGAAUCUCGUAAACCAUAUUCCGCACGGCGGCUCUCUCGCCACCGCCGCCGCCGCGGAAGUUGGAAAGCCGGCGCAAUUUUCGACUCGGUCCGCGAUAAGCGCCUAUGACGGACCGCGACUGACGGGGGAAGCGGCGAUCCCGGAAUGGCUGGAUCGGGACGCGCUGCACGAGUUGGAGGAGAGACUAGGAAGUCUGCUUGGCGAGCCUCUUGGAAACGACGAAGGCGAUCAUGCUAAUCAAGCUGAUCGUGAUGCUGAUAAUGGCGCGUAUGAAGUUGGUGACUGGGAUUCGCCGGCGCAUUGGAGCGAUAAGGGUGAAACUGGAAGUGGUGGAUCGCGGGUAGUGAAGGAGGAGAACGAGCUCGGAGAUUGUGAGCAGGGAGUCGGCGUGAGGACGACAGCGAAGAGUGAUCCGACGGUGCGGAGGAGAUCGCUGCGGAAAAAGCCGAUCGUGCCGGAUUUGAUCGUGGCUCAGGACGGAUCGGGAAACGUCACUAAUCUCCAGGAUGCAGUGGAGAUAAUUAACAGCGAGGAGAGCAAGGCAUGGUACAUAGUAUUGUUGAAGCCGGGGCGGUAUGUGGGCAACGUGGAGGUGGAGCGUGAGAACGUGGUGCUGCUAGGCAGCGGAGCAUGGCGGACGGUCAUCACAGGGAACCGCAGCAAUGGCGCUGGCUUCGAUACAUGGGAUACCCCCUCCUUUGCUGUGGCGGGCAAUAACUUUGUGACAAUGGGCAUUCGCUUUGAGAACACUGCACCGCAUGACAUGGAGGCAGGAGUGGCGUUUCGAGCAGACGGGGACAAAAUCAUUGCGUACCGCUGCGUCUUUGCUGGAUUCCAGGACACCGUGAACUCGCACCGCGGCCGGCACUACUUCCGGAGCUGCGCCAUCUUUGGCCACGUGGAUUUCAUCUACGGCCGCCACGGCGCCGCCGUCUUUGACCGCUGUCGCAUCGCCCCCAUCCCGCGCCCGGGGAAAAACGGCGCCGCCACCAUCGCCACACACGGCGGAGACACGGCAUCCAGACGUGAAGGCGGGUUCGUCUUUUACCGCUGCUGGAUUACUGGAGUCACUCCCACAGUGAAGGCGUAUCUGGGCAGGCCGUGGAGAUCGCACGCGCGUGUUGUUUACAUGUUCAGCUACCUCUCAGCCGCUAUUGUUCCCGAGGGAUGGGCUCCGUGGCCGGGAGAGAACUUUGGGCCGAGGGUUUUUCUGGGGGAGUAUCGGAACACAGGGCCGGGUGCGUGGACGAGUGGGCGUGUGAGGUGGGCUCGACCUGGCUUGCUGAAUGAAACGCAGGUGGCUCCGUUCAUGCCGGAAGCGUUUAUUCGGGGCAGCAGGUGGGUGCGUAGGACACCUGUGGAGAUUGUAUACCCUUGA